AUGGCAUCAGUACAGCUUCCAGCAUUCAACACCACACCGGUAGAUGACAUUCCAUCAAUUGUCGAUCGAGCCCGUCAGACCUUUUACUCCCACAAAACUCGCUCACUCGAGUUCCGUCUGCAGCAACUGCGCAAGCUCUACUGGGCCAUCACCGAUAAUCAGAAAGAGUUGAUUGAAGCAUGCCAACGAGACCUUGGAAAAGGUCUCUUCGAUGCCACUGUCUCGGAGAUAGAUUGGGUGCGGAAUGAUAUCAUCUUCAUAACCCAGAACUUGAAGAAAUGGGCAAAGGACGAGAAACCUGCGGAUAUAGCUUUCUCAAACCGCUUGGUUAGUCCACGGAUACGAAAGGAUCCAUUGGGCGUGGUUCUGGUCAUUGGAGCAUUCAACUUCCCCAUCAAUCUCUCCUUUGGACCAAUGAUUGGUGCGAUUGCUGCCGGUAAUACGGUCAUCUUGAAGCCGUCGGAGUUGUCUUUCAACUGUGCUGCUGUGAUGCAGAAGAUAGUUCGGGAAUCUCUCGAUCCCGAUGCAUAUGCCGUGGUACAAGGCGCCAUCCCGGAAACUUCGUCCUUGCUGGCACAAAAGUGGGACAAAAUUUUCUUCACGGGUUCUGUGCGCACUGCCAAAAUCGUGUCUCAAGCAGCGGCGAAGAAUUUGACGCCCGUAGCACUCGAGCUGGGUGGUCGAAAUCCAGCUUUUGUAACCAAGAAAGCAGAUGUGCGAUUGGCCGCCAGGCGACUGCUGUGGUCCAAGACCAUGAAUGCUGGGCAAGUUUGUAUAUCCCAGAACCAUACUCUUGUCGAUCGGGAGGUUGUACCUGCAUUUAUCGCAGAGCUUAAAACCGCCCUCAAUGAAUUUUAUCCAGACGGCGCAAGGAACAGCCCGGACUAUGCCAGGAUCAUCAACGCAGCAUCCUUCGAGCGGCUCAAGAAGAUGUUGGAUAACACCGAAGGGAAGAUUGUGGUUGGUGGGACGAUGGAUGCCAAGGAACGAUUUAUUGAGCCGACGGUGGUGCAAGUAUCGAGCACCACCGACUCAUUACUGACCGAGGAAUCCUUCGGACCAUUGAUACCGAUUCUUCCAGUGGAUGAUCUCGACCAAGCAAUCAAGAUUGCCAAUGAGCUGCAUGAGACCCCGCUAGGUGUAUAUGCGUUUGGGUCCAAGGCGGAGACUGACAAGAUCCUCGCGGAGACUCGUUCAGGCGGUGCGACAGUCAAUGAUGGCUUUUUCCAUGGUAUCGUUCCCAAUCUGCCGUUUGGUGGAGUUGGUGACUCUGGCACCGGGGCAUAUCGUGGGAAGGCAUCCUUUGAUUGCUUCACCCACCAGAGGUCUAUUGUUCGAACACCCAGCUGGAUGGAAAGCUUGCUCGCAGUCAGGUACCCGCCCUACGCAGGUACUGGCAAGCUGAAGCAAUUUUCCAAGAUGGGUCAACUCAAGCCAGACUUUGAUAGAAAUGGGAAGGAGAAGCUGGGUCUGUUCUGGUACGUGAUCACACUGGGUGCAGGAAGUGUGUCUGGAGGAGCAAUCCGAGCCGCGCUCAUGUCUGGGGUCUACGCCGUGUUGAGAGUUCUACUAUUGGGAAAAGUGGUCAAGUUUGAGAAAAAGUAG